AUGCCGGCCGCCAACACGGUGACGCUGGAGAAUCUGGCCCAGAAGCUUCCCCAAUGGCGUCCCGACGACCAGAGCCACUUGUACGCCGUCGUCGAUAUGGGCAGCAACGGCAUUCGCUUUAGCAUCACCUCCCUGGCACCACCCCGGGCACGUCUUCUGACCCCCCUGUACUCCGCCAGAGAAGCCAUCUCGCUGUUUGAUGCUCUGACCCCGUCGGAUUCUGGUCCUGUGUUCCCUUCUACAGUCGUCGAGUCGGUGUCGUCUGCCAUCUCACGCUUUCACCACCUUGCCGUCUCUCAUGACGUUCCUCCCCAGCACAUCAUGGUGCUUGCCACCGAGGCCAUGCGCCGGGCCGUCAACGCCGCUGAGAUGCUGGAGGCCAUUGCAAAGGCCACUGGCGGGCUGACGGUUUCCAUCCUCGACCCUCCUGUUGAGACGCUCCUCGGUGCCGUCAUGGGCUCAAGGAGCGGUCUCGGAGGCGUUCCUGGUGGCGCCCUGUUCCUUGACCUUGGCGGUGGGAGCGUACAGAUGACUUGGGUGGACACAAGCACAGAAAACUACGAAGUUGAGGCAGCACUCGCUGGCGGGAGCUUACCUUACGGUGCCGCAAAGCUAAUGCGUGUGCUACAAGAACACCCCGAGGACGUACAAGCCAUGGAGACGGGAAAGCUCAAGGACUGCUUGAGCCAGCUGUACGCCGAUUUAUGCUCCAGGUUCCCUGCUCUCCAAGCCAUCAGGGCUGCCAACGAGAGGGGAGAUGAAGCUCACGUCGACGUGUACAUGUGUGGCGGCGGAUUCCGCGGCUACGGCAGCAUGUUGAUGCACGACGACCCCAUCAGUCCCUAUCCCAUCUCGUCGUCCAACACCUAUUCAGUCCGCGGUUCACGCUUCAAAGAUACGACCCGAAUGCUCACGAUGAACCAAACCUACGAGGGCAAAAUCUUUGGCUUGUCCAAGCGACGUCGCCAGCAGUUCCCUGCCAUUAUCAAGGUCGUCGAUGCAUUCAUCAAAGCCGUCCCAUAUAUCGGCCGGGUCACAUUCUGUGGAGGCUCCAACAGACAAGGAGCUCUGAUGAUGAAGCUGCCUCGAGACAUCCGCGAGAGCAAUCCCCUCGACGUCCUAGCCAACGUCCAAGAUGGCGAAAAGGCAAUUUUUGGUGCCAUCUUGGACAAGCUAUCGGAAUCUCUUCCGGCAAAUCUCACUCACACCCACUUCCCGACCAUCUUCAGCACUGGUCUGGGUCUACUCUUUGUGAGAGAAAUCUGGAGCCGCCACGGCCACGACGCAGACUCAAACACUGCCUUUGCCAUCCACGAUGCCAUCUCUCGCGACACCGACUGUCCCGGGUUGACUCACCUUGCGCGCGCACUUCUUGGCCUUGGCGUCGCCGCCAGAUGGGGGGGCAACCUUGGGCCACUCGAUACUCAGCUUCGCAGAGGAUUGCAGGGUAUCCUGGAGGACAGGGGCGCUGAUACGUCUUUCUGGGCACAAUACCUCGGCGCCGUCGCAGGCGUCCUGGCCACCAUCUUCCCCGUCAUGCCCAAGCAAGCAGACCAACUAGUCAGCACUAUCAGCUUCGAAUCGCGCGUUGAGAAGAGAGAGGGAAAGAAGGACAAAGUUGUGUUGAAAAUCAUCUUGUCUGGCGAAUAUUCCAAGCGCAUCAACGAGAAAGAUCUCAUCGACCUCGUCAACUCCGCCGCAAAAAGUGAUGCAAAGGCCACCAAGAAGAUUUCGACGCACAUAGUCAUUCAGCGAUGA